CCAACAUCCCGCGAAAUCUCUCCACUGCAGCUUCAGGAACGUGAAGAGUCGCCGCCGCCACCACCUCCUCCCCCACACAGAGUCGCUGUCAAUCGUCAACCGUCCAUAGAAAUAGGUGUCCCGACUCGCUACGACAUGAACGACCGUUAUGUGACGAUGCCGAGGACCCCCUCUCCAGCGGCACAUUCAGAUGUGAACGGACAUACACCCUCUCCCCUGCGAGAUGCAAUGGAAGACGUCAUGACAUCUUUAGAGGAUAUGGGCAUGUUCCGAGAGACUCAUUCGCCAUCUCCUCAGCCGAUGUUUGACAACCCAUGGUCACCGGAUGCUUAUGACAAUCUGCGGGACAGUCGAUCUUUGCAGGUCAUGAGUCGCCCAUUAACCUCAUUGGGAUUUGAUGGUGAGAAGGAGUAUCAAUAUCAUGGUGGCCAGCCGAAUAGGAGCAGCGUAUACGCACAGGACCACUUCCUCGACGGACCUCCACAAAUAAACAACUAUGUGCAAAGGAUGGAAAGCCGGCUUCGUCAAAUGCAGGAGCAAAGCCGAAGAGGGUCUGAAGAUGUACAAAUGCCAGAGGAUGAUGAGGAACCUCCUCCGCCACCUCCCCGAAAUGUUCCUUACCACGGAAGACACAAUUCCAUUCCGGCUCAGUACCCCUAUCUAAAGAACCGCCGUUCUGGGCAGGACAUGAGAGCGGAAAUGCUCAACCGGAGCUACACUAAUAAGUCGAGUACUACAAAUUCUUCGAGUGGCGUGCAGAGUAACGGUACCAACAUCACAACGAGCACCGAACGAACCAGUCAGAGCCUUAUGAGUGGUCCAUCAGCCGGCGGAUUUAGUGCGACCAGCGCAGGUAGUUAUGCCCGGAGGGGGAUCGGAGCAAAUGAGCGACCCAAUACCGCACUAGACACUUUCCGCACAAGAGGCUUCAGUGAUGUAUCAAGAGUUCCGCGACCCGAAACCCCCCUAACCGGAGUAUCAUACCAUUCGAGUCAUAAUACCUCUCGACAGGGCGCUUCAUCAGCCAUUCCCUGGUCACCUUCGGGCACCGGACCCGAAGAGUCUGCCGGAGUAUUCGGAGGCCUUUCCACCCCCAAAGCCAAAAAACAAGGGUUUUUCAAAAAGAUCUUUGAAUCUGCAAAAACCGGUGCCGCUAAUGCCAGAAGCAGCAUUGCAGUUGGGCAAAAUGGCGGGUCCUAUUCACCUACGAAGGGUAGAGCGAUUUCUCCAAUCCGCUCUUCACACUCCCACCGUGAUACUGCUCGGGAGAUGGGACUCGGCAGUAAUGGUAUUGAUUGGGUCCAAGUGCGGCGCGAUGUGAACCGAGCAAGCUCUCCCAGCCGAAACGAAAGAAUGGAGAGAGUUGAGCGGUGCCACAUGAUGGAUUAUCCAGUUAUCUACGCGGUGGAAGAGCUCUAUGAGACUGCUGAAGGUGAUGAAAGCAUUGAUGGUCUACCAAUCAGUGAGCCUACCAACUUUGGCUCUGUCAAUUUAUCCCUUGUCGACAAGAGUGCUCGAUUCGUUAACAGCCUUCCCCCAAUGACCAACCCUAUGAGUCUCGCGCAAGGGUAUGUCUGUCGGCCUUACAAGAGUGAUGUUCAAAGGCUUCGCGCCAUCUUCACUUGGGUCAGUGAGAAGAUUGCUUGGGAUGAGCCUGUUGAAGAAGUCGGAAUGGAUCUCAAACGGGUACUACAGACAAAAAGGGGAAGUCCUCAGGAAGUUGCAUUCCUCGUUAGAGAAAUGUGUGCCGCGGUUGGCUUGCAUGCCGACGCAAUAAAAGGGUAUCUCAAGUCUCCUGGUGAAUUAUUUGACUUGGACAGCCUAUCCCGAGCCAAUCAUUGGUGGAAUGCCGUACUGGUUGAUGGUGAAUGGCGCAUCAUGGACUGUUCGUUAGCAAGCCCAACCAACCCGCGGAGGAGCCAGUUCGUUACCAACAACCCUUCGUCGGCAGAAAGUUGGUAUUUCCUCGCCCGUCCUCUGGAGAUUUGUUAUACACAUGUACCUCUUUCUCAUGAAGAACAACACAUCUGCCCUCCUAUUUCCCCCGACGUGCUUCUUGCUCUGCCUACUACUUGCCCAACAUAUUUCAAGAUGGGCCUGCAGUUUCCUGAUUACGAUACCAGUGUUGUCCGAAUUGAAGGUCUGGAAGUCUUACAAAUCCGUCUCUUCGUACCUCCAGAUGUAGAGUGUGCCGCCGAAAUCGAAGCUCCCGCUUUCGCCCGGGACGCAGAUGGUGACUUCUUUGAAAGUGGAGAGGUGGUACGCAAGCGUGCCCUGGUCCAGCCCGACUGGGUCAACGGUCAAAAGCGUAUCACUGUCAAAGCCAUUUUACCAGGCGACGAAGGACAGGGCACGCUCAAGGUGUAUGCGGGAAAGAAAGGGCUGAUGCACUCCAGCCGGGAUAUUCCGCAUCCUCUAGCUCUCACGCUCCCAAUUAUUCAUGCUGGGGAGAAUCCACCAUAUGAUUUCGUGCUCCGUCAUCCAACUCCUCAUGCCCAGCGCCACGAUUUGUAUAUCAUGCAGCCCCAGUGCGCAAGGCUUGCAGUCAACAAUACCUUCGUCUUCGCCGUACGACAACAUCCUUCCUCCCCGUCAUCUUCGUCAAUGAGCAAUGAAGCAGGUGUCAGUGGGCGAAUCUCUCCAUCUGUGUUCUCUCGACCCGCCAGUGCACUUAGCAUGGUCUCCAGCUCUGCUGGUGGGUCCUCCGUGUCUACCGUCUCGAAUGAAUUCUCCGCGUCGACGUCAGCUAUCUCAUCGGGUCGGUCGGCCUCCGGGCGCGAGAAACCGGCCAAAUUAGCGAUACAAUCGCCAUCAAACAAGAUCCUACGGUUGACUCGAAAAGCCGACCACAUGAUCAGUGCCAACUCCAAUGCCGAAUCGGGCACCGAUGCUACAGCUGACGGUAGUGUCUGGGAAACGGUCAUUAAGAUCGGGGAACGGGGUACCUGGAGAGGCUUGGUCCUCGCGGAUCGCGUCGCCCGGUGGUGUGUCUUCUGUGAAUGGGAAUGUUUUUAGAAUCUAGAACAUUCCCGACUAAAUCUCGUUUACCAGUCGCGUUCACGAAAUACUCACGAUAUCUUGACCUUGCUUCUCCCAGGCCCGAUGUUUUUCUCCAGAUGAUCCUCAACAAUAGAGACCAAACUGGUCCAAUUUUUCCUUUGAUAUAUUCUUUUUCCUUACCGAUUACGCUCCUUGCUUAACGGUUGCAUGCAUUGCAUUAUCUGAGUCGGGGUUGGGGUCCUGCAUAGUUGCAUCAAGAAAUGUUCAUUUGGUUUGGUCGGGCUUACCCUAGACGGGCAGCAUCAUGGAUUCAGGUUAUGACAUAUAUGGAGUUAUCAGGUAUAUUCUCAAGUCUAUGGAGCCGGUGUUCAACGUGUGAUUAUCCAUUCUACUUACUUUCCUUCUUCUUUUUU